CCGUGCCUGCAGCCACGCGAGCACCAAGCCUUGGGACACUGCGCCUUAGUGGCACGGUCUGGGCAUCGCCAGAGGUGGGGGCUCCUCUGCCUUCGCGAUUCGCGUGCCAACAUUGCGAGCGGUUGCACCAAUACUCAUAAUUCUGAUGCUUUCGUAAUGCUGCUGGCUUAGAGAGUUAUGGAGAUGGAGACCUGACAGUAACUGACAACUCGGAAAAAAGGCCCGAACUAUAAUCCCGUAAUAGAGCAUGAGGCAAUUAGAAUACCCUUCAUAAAAAUGUAAUUAAACCGGUUUUUGUUUUUAACCUUGGGCAAAAGGGGGACUUGUAAUAACAUGGAACAAAGCUGAGAGAAUUAAUACUUAAUGAUAAAUGGGAGAAAAUUCAAAGGUAUAGGAUUGAAGUUUAAAAAAAAUGAAACACUUAAAAAAAUCCUUGGAUUAUUGUAGAAAAAGAAGUAAUUUUACUGAUAAAGAGUCAUAACGGCCAUGUUGUUUUGUGUCACUGCAAACAAACUACCAGGGCACGAAUUUUAUUUGAAAAUAGUUGUGUGUGUAUAGAUAUAUUUAUUUUUUUAAUGUAUUUUUUCCAAGGUUGUCUGGCCUUUUGUACAGAUGACUUCAGAGAACAUUUCAGGAGUAGGGAAUGAAGUGGAAGUCAACUGAAUUCUCCUGUGCACUACUGAGACGAAAUGACAUUCAUGUUUGUGGUGGAUGGAAGUCAUGGCAGCGUCUAACAUGGGAGGGAAAGAUAUGAAUGGACCAUGUGGCGUGACUCGUUCAGACUGCAGAUCUUCUGCCUGCUUAUGGCAGUACUGGCUGUUGUGGUGCUGGUCCAUAAUUUUUUUCAGUUAGAGAACCUGGAUGAUGACACAGUUUCAGGAUCAAAUUGGAUAACGGAAAACAAUGUCCAGCAUUCUCUGUCACAGACAAACAAAACUACCAGGAAGCCUUACUGCGGUUACACGCAGCAGACUUUGUCCAAAAGAGAACAAGAGGAGCAGGAAACGUUGCUUGCUGCAAUACAGUGGCCAAAACCCCCCGAUAACAAAAUUGCCUUUGCACAGAGCACUGAUCCCACACGUAGUGACUUUGUGAUUGUGAAACCCAGCAGGUUCUUCAAAGUGGGUGAUGAGUUGGAGGUCCUCGUUCGUAUGAAGGAUUUCCAAGGAAAGCCCAAGCGGUAUGGCGGAGACUACUUACAGGCGCGAAUUCACUCUCCUCUGCUGAAAGCUGGAGCAACAGGAAGGAUUGUAGAUUGCCAUAAUGGCCUUUACAAAGUCUUCUUUACCUUGCUUUGGCCAGGAGAGGUCAAAGUUUCUGUGUCACUUGUCCAUCCGAGUGAAGCCAUCCAAGUCCUCCUGCGUUUACGAGAGGAAAGGCCGGACAGGGUCUAUUUCAAAAGCUCGUUCAAGUCUGGGAGGUACUCAGAAACCACCGAGUGCAACGUUUGCUUGCCUGGAGAUCUCCCAGUGUGUAACUUCACAGAUCCCUACACGGGUGAGCCAUGGUUCUGUUAUAAGCCUCGAAAACUGUCCUGUGCCAGCCGAAUCAGCCAUGCCAAAGGUGGAUAUCUAAAAGGUCUUCUGACGAAAGAGGAAAGCCUCUUUUUCCAAAGUCAUGUGAACAUCAAAAGGCCGAUACUCUCCAGUGGACCUGAUUCAGUCACUGUAAAGCCCAAGGCAUUUACAGAUGUAAUCGCUAUGAACAGAGCUGAAGAUCCCACAGCUUCCCCUUCUGGUUAUUAUUAUGAAGACCAGUGGAGGUCCAGAACACACUGGAUCCAUAAUUUUAACAAAUCAGAUGAUAUAACUGAGUGCUUACAAGGAAAAGUAAUCCACUUGUUUGGAGACUCUACAAUAAGGCAGUGGUUUGAAUAUCUGACAGCAUUUGUUCCAGAUCUCGUGGAAUUUAACCUGAGGAGUCCUAAGAACGUGGGCCCUUUCAUGUCUGUGGACCUGAAGCACAACAUCCUGCUGAAGUUCCGCUGCCACGGGCCACCCAUUCGCUUCUCCACAGUCUUCAGCAGUGAACUGCGCUACAUCGCCAACGAGCUGAACGGCAUCGUGGGGGGCAGGAACACCGUGAUAGCCAUAACCAUAUGGUCCCACUUCAGCACCUUCCCUGUGGAAGUGUAUAUCCGGCGGCUGAGGAACAUUCGGAGAGCAGUUAUUCAGCUGCUGGAUCGCAGCCCCGAGACUUUAAUCGUCAUCAGAACCGCUAAUGUUCAGGAGCUUGGGCCAGAAGUGAGCCUCUUUAACAGUGAUUGGUAUUCUUUUCAGCUUGAUUCUGUCAUGAGGAAAAUGUUCUCAGGAAUUGCUGUGCACUUUGUGGAUGCUUGGGAGAUGUCUGUGGCUCAUUACUUGCCACACAACUUGCACCCACAGGAAGUAAUUGUUAAGAAUCAAAUAGAUGCAUUUUUAUCUUAUGUAUGCCCUCUGCAAACUUAGCACAAAUCCCUAUGUCACCUUUUGCUACAGCUGAAGUGAAGUUGCUCUUUGUCAGAGCUAUGGAAUGAUGCUGGGUGAUAUGGAGGAACUCUGGUUAUUGUAAAUGCAUGCAGUAUGAGUAGAGUGGCCUUAACUCUAGGUAGCUGUGAAAGGUGGUAAAGAGGAGUUGACUGUUCAGGCCAUAUCUUCCUGCAAGGUUGAUUCCUUCAAGCUUAUCAUUCAUAUCUGAGAUUAUUAGAGAGCACCUUAAAUUAAAUUGACAGGAUUCAAUAAGAAAAUAUUUGGGUUAUUAGCUUUACUAGUUGUCUGCACUGUAUACCUAAUUUAAUCCAUAUGGCACUGAUUCUGUUGUCAGGGUCUUGUUGCUCAGAACUGUAUGUGAAACCUAGGAAAGCUUUUGGGUAUGGUCUUUCUCUUAACAUUCCAGAGUUUAAGAGAUGUCUCCUCUAGUUGUAUGUCAGAGAAACACAGUGUCCAUUCUUGUUGCAAAGUCCUAAUUAGAGACAUGAAGGGAGUGUACCAAAGUCACUAAUAAGGAAGCACAAUCAAAAUAUCUAUAGUAUUAAGUCAUGAAGAAUUUGCUGAAAUUUAAUAGGGCACCUGUGGUGUUUACAGAUGGCUGCUAAAUAGUGCAAAUAGACAGUAUUUGAGUUUUGUUUCCUGUACUACUGAAUCUCUUUUGAGCUUUGAUGCACUGUCUACUUCUUGAUUUAUUUGUAAUGAUGAAAUGUGUAUUAUGAUCUCAGUGAAGACACUGUCUCGGGCAGUUUCUGCAAGUUCAAGUUGCAGGCUCGCCUACUUGAAGUAUUUUCCAAUGUGUUUCCCUUCCCUGGGAGAUAAAGCUACUGUGUUAUGCUCCUGCAAAGCCAGGCUGCUGACAGUGACUCGUGUACAUCCUUCGUGUGCUGUGUCUGUGCGAAGGGGCCAAGGAACCCGAAUGCACUUGGCCAGGUUUGGCACUGGGUAACAGUAA